AUGCCCUCACAGGAGGAUGAGAAUGAUCAUUCCCCAAAGUUCAGUCCAACAGUAUACUAUUUCACUCUUGCAGAGACUGUAGCACCAGGUACUGUGGUGGCUAACUUAAAUGCCACUGAUGAGGACUCUGGAAGCAAUGGUGAAAUCAAAUACCGCAUAAGAUCAGGAAGCCGAGAUAAUUUUGAUGUGGACAGUACAACAGGUGUCAUGCGUGUUGCUAAUGACCCGAGCUUCGAUUAUGAUGAAUAUAGCAAAUAUGAAAUUCAGGUUAUAGCCACUGAUGGUGGGAGUCCCCAACGGUCUGCUAAUGCCACUGUCUUUGUCACUGUCCUGGAUACCAACAAUAAACCUCCUACCUUUGUCCAGCCCCUCUAUGUUGCUACAGUUAAUGAGAGUACUCCUGUUGGAACUUCAGUGUUGAGAGUAAAUGCCACAGAUCCAGACGCUGGCCACAGUUUGCGAUACAGCAUCCUUGCUUACACUAUUCAGGCUCAGAACCAGCAAGGGGCUCUAGUAGGUUCUGUCUUCCCCUAUGACUUCAGAAACAUGUUUGCAGUGGAUGCUGUAACAGGAGUGAUAAAAGUUUCAUCAAAUUUAGACAGAAAGUAUGUGGUGGAAACCACAUUUGAUGUCCAGUGCACCGAUAUAAAUGGUGUAGCAAACCUACCACAGUCUGGAACAUCACGAGUGACAAUCUCCAUAAGUGGAACCCAAGACGUAACUCUUCAGUUCGACAACAAUGUUGUCUACAUCACAGUCUCGGAAAACCAGCCAACUGACAAGAAAAUCUACACUGUGCAGGCUCGCGAUCCUGCUAAUGGAUUCCGUGUUGUGAACAACUACGAAAAGGUUCCAGGCACCGACCCCAAUUCCAUCUUUCAAGUUAGCCAGAGUAAUGGAGAAGUAUAUCUUUCUCGCCAGCUGAAUUAUGAUGCUGGAGAGAGGGAUUUUUCCGUGCAGAUUCGAGCACUUGACGGCACUCGCAGUGCAACAGUUACUCUAAGCAUCAGAUACACGUCCCCAUAUAGAGUUGGUGUCAUAUCGGCACAGGAUGGGGACAGUGCAACAUUUGGCCCAAUUGAGUAUAUUCUUGGUCUUGGACUGAAUUCUGAUGACUUUGAGCUCAUUACACAGCCUUCAGGAGAUGGAGUAUUACAAGUCCGUAAUCCACUGGAUUAUGAAACUCGUAAAGUCUACUACCUUACUGUAAUUGGUAUUGACAACCCAUAUCUAAGAGGCUCUGCUGUGAGGAAAAGUUCAUCUGUCUCGGUGACUGUUUCUGUUCUGGAUGUCAACGACAACGCGCCAACAUUCAGAGAUACCACAAAAAACUUUUCAAUACCUGCUACAGCAGCAGUUGGAUUCCCUGUUAGUAAAAUAGAAGCCUUUGAUCUUGAUGAGGGGAUCAAUGGAGAAAUAGUUUACAGCCUACAAGCCACAAAUGACAAUGAGGCCCUUUCAUGGUUCACCAUUAGUGAAACAGGAGUUCUGCAGACCAAGGCACCUUUCAGUGCGCAGAAUAAACGUUUUGACCUGAAGGUUGUGGCCACAGACAAAGGAACACCAUCCCUCAGUUCUGCUCUGCCAAUAACCAUUAAGAUACAGGGAACUGAAGAUGAUGAUGGCACACCCCAGUGGUAUAACUUUGUCAACAACUUUGUUGCACAAGCCCCAGAGCAUGAACCUAAUUACACCUUAUCUUUGAGGGCCACAGCUACACCCCGCACCCCAGGCGCUGUUUCUGUCUAUGGCCUUGUGCCUUUUGGGCAAGACUACCAGUCUUUUUCUGUGGACCCAAAGACAGGAGCAAUUGUUGUGAAAGCUGACCUAGAUCGAGAGAAGCAGGAGAACUACACGCUGAUAAUAUCUGCGACAGAUUCAUUGAACAGCACACUCAUCAGCCGACGUACAUUGAUUGUCAACCUUUUGGACAAGAACGACAAUUUUCCCACCUUUGCAAAGACAAAUUAUUCUGCCUGUCCUACAGCUUUUGAAGUCCCCACUGUGGUUUAUGCAGAUGACAACACUCCAGUUCAUACCAUUGUAGCUUAUGCCAAGGCUUGUGACCCAGAUAGUGCUCCGUACAACAGGAUGAGCUAUGAGCUGUACACAGGAAACAACAGCGGCACAUUCUUGUGUAACAGUUUCAACAGUGGCGCCUUCAAUGUUAACCCAAAUGGCAGUAUUGAGAACACAAGAAUGCUUGAUUAUGAGGAACGCCAGGAGUACCUCGUGUGCGUCACAGUCCUUCCAGCAACCUCAUCAAACCGGAGAAACGAGAAUUUGAUUCCCGUCUGAUGAGACCAAAUGAAUUUGUGGGCUACAUUGUUGUAAAAAUUCGUGACCUUAACGAUAACGGUCCUGUAUUUCCCAACCACACUCUCACAGCUGUUUUGCAGACAUUGCCCACGUCAGACAUUGUAGUGCAGGUAGCAGCUGUUGAUCCAGACGGCCCCCAGAAUAACCGCGUAGUGUACAGCUUACAAAACACUGUCUAUUACCCACGUGGUGGCUUACCUUACACCAUGAAUGGGGCCUUCACCAUCGGCUCAAGCACUGGCAUUGUCUAUAUCAACCUUCCAUCCUACACAGACUUUGCUGGAGGCUAUUUCAAUCUGUCCAUCAAAGCUGAAGACUAUCUCAAUCCUCAGUUCAGUGACACUGUGCAGCUGCAGAUCGUUCUGCAUGAGA